CUCGUCUAUGACAUUAGGAAAUCGGUUCACUUAUGAUCCGGACGUGACGUCAGAAAAACAAAGAUGGCAGCGCCCGUGGUAGCGUUGACGAAUUCAGGACUGAGCCAUAAACAGCGUAGAGCCGCACUAAAGAAAGAGAGACGGAAAAAAAAGCGCCAAGCCUUGGCGAAACUGAGGGAUUCAGAAGAAAAAAUUGCAACUCCUUUUGCAUUUUUAGAAGUAGGAGAAGAAGAGGAAGCAGAGAAUGAGACUUUACCAGAUCAGGAUGACGAAGAGGAGGAAAAGAGGGCUGAAGAAGAAAGGCAACGUCUGCACUUGGAGUGGUUGGAGAGAGAGAGGAUUGCUCAGGAGGAGUUCAGGCUGAAUGAGGAGAGGGAGGAAGCAAUAAGAAGGAAAAAGGAGGAAGAGGAGAGAAGAAUAAAGGAGGAAUGGGAGGAGCAGCAGAGGAAAGAGCAGGAAGAGAGAGAGCAGAAGCAGCAGGAGAAGAGAGAAAGAGAGGAGGCUGUGCAGAAAAUGCUGGAUGAAGCAGAAAGUCAGCUAGGGAAUGGUGGUACAUGGGUGAACCCUGAAGCCCCAGAGGACUAUGGGACAGAGAAAGACAGGGAAAACUGCCCUUUCUUUCUCAAGACAGGAGCCUGCCGGUUUGGAGACAGGUGUUCUCGUAAGCACACGCACCUGACCUCCAGCACCACUAUGAUGAUCCGGGGAAUGUUCCUGACCUUCGGAAUGGAACAGAGCCGCCGUGACGACUACGAUACUGAUGCCAGCCUGGAGUACAGUGAAGAGGAGAUCUUCCAGCAGUUCCUGGAGUUCUAUGAAGAUGUGCUCCCUGAGUUCAAAACUGUGGGAAAGGUGGUGCAGUUCAAGGUAAGCUGCAAUUUUGAGCCACACCUGAGAGGAAAUGUGUAUGUCCAAUAUGAAAAGGAGGAGGAGUGCAAUGAGGCCUUCAAGCUGUUUAAUGGCCGCUGGUAUGCAGGAAAACAGCUGCAGUGCGAGUUCUCCCCAGUGACCCGGUGGAAGACGGCACUGUGUGGGCUUUUCAAUAAGCACAAGUGCCCCAGGGGCAAGCACUGCAACUUCCUUCAUGUGUACAAGAAUCCCAACAGCGAGUUCUGGGAGGCAGACCGAGAUUUCAACGUGUCCCCCGACAGGGGUGGCCAGUUCAGCUGGCGGCUGUCGGAGCACAGGGAUUGGAGCAGACGCCAGCGCAGCUACAGCCCCGAGAGCACGCACAGGCGCAACGGGGAAUCGGACAGGCACUGGAGCAGUUACAGAAGCAGGAGCAGGGAGAGGAGGAGACGGCAGCGGUCCAGGAGCCCGGCUGGGGCGAGGAGGUCCAGAAGCAGGAAGCGACGCUCGUCUCGCAGCAGGGAGAGGCACAGGUCAAAGGGCAGGAGCGCGUCCAGGUCCCGGAGUCGAGGCAGAGAGAGGAGGAGGGGGAGGGGGCCUUCCCCGAGGUCCUCGGGGAGAAGGCCGAGGUCCAGGAGUCGCAGCGGGGAGAGGAGGGCAAAGAAGAGCCGGAGCGGCAGCCCCGGACGGCCAGGCGGCGGGAGCACCAGGUGCUCGAGGAGCAAGAGCCCCCGCCACAAACGCACCAAGAAGAGUAAGAAAAAGAAAAGCAAAAAGAAGAAGAGUAAGAGGAGAAGCAGUUCCCCAAGUGCGAGUCCAUCACCAGGUUCAAAGAAAUCCUCAGAAGAUGAGGGGGGUACAAACCUGGCCCUCACUCCUCAGCACAUACACCGCGAUAGGGCCACCACCCCCGUCUCCACAGACAACGCCUCCGCUGCCCAGAGUCCACAGGCGGGCCAGUGUGCAGGCUCAGACCUCGGCGUGCCAGAGAGGGACAGAGGGGAAGGGGCAGAGAUUUCCGAAAAGCUAAAAAUGAAGAAUCUGUAGUACAAAGUUACCAGUCUGCAGUUGGUUAUUUAGUUCACACGGUAUACACAGCAGAAAGUUUACUGCCUGGAACAGGUACGGGCAGGUGUUUGCACCCAGCAGGAGGUCCUAGAAGCAAACAUUCUGCAAGCACAUUCCCAGAUCUUGUGGUUUAAUAAGCUACUGCAUUUGGUAGCAGAAAAAUAUUUUAUGUCUAGAAUUAAAAGAACAAAAAAAUGCAAUUGACUAAAUUAAUUGGAACAUAAAGGUUACCAACUAUUUGAACAAUCUGGUUUGGUUAAAUACAUUAUGGCCCUUUCACCUUUCUCUGUAGGCCGCCUGUUAAUGUGGUGUCUCUUGCUGAUGAGUUAACUGUACAGAAGACAAAGUGGGAGUGUGGUCUGUACGUUUCAGUCACUACCCAGCUCUACAAAUAAGGACUUCCUAAGCAAUCUCAAAAGUCAGUAUUGCUCUGAUGUUUAGUUGACGCCCAAACUCCGUCAUCUGUAUAGAGGAAGUGUUUUCUUUCAUAAAACACAUUUCUGUAUAAACAAAAUUGUGUGAUAUGUAAAUAAAUGUUACUUUUUUUA